AUGGACAGUGACAAUGGCUAUGAGGAAGCCGGCUUGCUAAGAAAAGAAGGCUCUCUUCAGAUACCAUCUAACGUUACUCGAAUAUCCCGUUGCUUUGAGAAGAGGUGCAGCGAUGGCAAGCUUCAAGUUGUCAACUAUGAGUCAGGUGUUGGUACGGGUAGUAACGUACUCGAUAGUAUUACUGGCGGUGCUUUUGGCAUGGUACUCGCAGAGCGUAUGCGGGAGACAUAUUCGUUUUUAUGUUCCAACUAUAUGGAUGGCGAUGAAAUAAUACUUGUUGGUUUCUCUCGAGUUGCCUUUACAGUCCGUUCUGUGGCUGGCAUGAUUGGCAAUCUAGGCCUACUCACGCGGGAAGGUGUUGAGUUCUUCUACCCUAUCUUCAAAGACAUGCAGCAUUGGAUGGAUGAUGAUUACGAAGAUCCUUUCCCUAACAUCCUAUUCCCUAACAAACCCAAAGGAAAGGAUGCCGCAGACGUUUACAGAGCUCGCUUGGAGCAACUCGGCUACACUCGUGUGAGGCGGAGUGAAGGAGAAGGCGACAUCAUUACCAUUAAAGCAGUGGGCGUCUGGGAUACCGUGGGUAGCCUCGGAAUUCCUAGAGUUUUAUGGCUGGUGAAAUUGGGAAUUCGUGUCGACAACGACGAAUAA